AUGGAUACCAGACCUAAUCUAAAAAUACCAAGAGAAACAGCUCAAAGCAAUUAUCCCUCGCAGAUACCACAUCUACGCAGAGGUCGUAAAAAGUAUAUCGCUACUGUGCACAAGUGGCUAUUAGCGGGAGUUAUCUGCGACAUACGCUUACGGCAUAAGGGCUCGCGCCAUGCUAAUGGCGUGCUUCGAACAGAUUUUCGAGUAAAAAAGGGGCAGGUGUCGCCGCACCGCGACAAAUUGGUCGGAAAAUCCAGGCUGCAUCUAGCUCGGGUGACAUCCGCACAUGUCAAUCCCACCUGA